GUCUGGCCGUGCGUAUAUAAAGUAGAUGUGCUCGCCAGCUGUUGGAUUUCUUCUGAGCCAUGAGCCAAGACCCCAAGCCUCUCACCCUCCAGUCUCGAUCAGGUCCUCCAAAUCAAGUCUUUUGCUCAUAAACUCAACAAUACAGUCGCUGUAAAGACAGGAAGAAAACAUUCCCCCCAUCCUUCGUUCAAAAUGAGAUUCAACACUCUUGUCGUCCUGUUCGCUGGCCUGGCAGGCAGCGCCCUUGCUGCUCCUGCUCCUCAAGUAGAGCAGCGGUCUCUCAUCACAGAGAUCGGCAAAGCAGUGUCCGGUCUGGAGAAAACCCUCGGCGUGACGGCACUUGAAGACAUAUUGGACAAAUUGCUCGGCGGCACGCUCACCAAGCUCGAGGACGCCCUGGGCGUCACCUUUGCGGAGAAGCUGCUGGGCCUGUCGGAGAGGGGCGCCUCGCCCGGCACGCUGCAGGCCAUCGGCGAGGCCGUCGGGAUGCUCUUGUCCGGGCUCGGCAUCGACGCCGUCAACGCAUUCCUCGACAGCGCGACGGGAGGGUUGAUUACCUCGCUCGAGGACGCGCUGGGGGUGACGGACAUUGAGAAGGCGCUUGGAAUUAAGUGAGCCGCCGCCGACCAACAAGUGGCACUGGAUGGAUGGCACGGUGGUUGAUAUCUGCUUUCCC